ACAUUUGAUGGCCACUCAGAUUACAUUAAUGAUCUGGUGUUUGCUCCCAAAGAAGGUCAAGAAGUUGCAAGUGUAAGUGAUGAUCACACCUGCAGGGUCUGGGAUUUGGAAGGAAAUGAGAAGGCCCAUUUUGUUUUACGUUCUCCUGGAAUGAGUGUUUGCUGGCAUCCUGAGGAGGCUUUCAAGCUGAUGGUAGCAGAGAAGAAUGGAACAAUACGAUUCUAUGAUCUAAUUACACAGCAGGCCAUUCUCUCCCUAGAGUGUGAACAAACACCGCUGAUGUCAGCAGACUGGUGUUUAAAAAAUACUCUUAAAAUUGGAGCAGUUGCUGGAAGUGAUUGGCUAAUCUGGGAUAUCACUCGCUCCAGUUAUCCACAGGAUAAGAGACCUGUCCAUAUUGAUCGAGCCAGAUUAUUCAGGUGGUCCCAAGUGAACGAAAAUCUGUUUGCAACAACUGGAUAUCCAGGAAAGGCAACUACUCAACUGCUUGUUCAUCAUUUAGGACAUCCCCAGCCCAUUCUUACUGGCACUGCAGCUGUAGGAUCUGGUUUGACAUGGCAUAGAACUCUUCCAUUAUGUGCAGUCGGAGGAGAUCAUAAAAUUUUCUUCUGGGUAACUGAAAUGUAAAAUAAGCAUUUGCCUUCAAUAUGAAACUUUACAGCAUAUGUCUCUUUUUAGUAAAAUGAAUAAAUUUAUUCUUUGUACUGGUAUUAAUUCACUUGGAGAGCAUAAGAAAGGAGCAAGCAAAAUAUGAAACAUUUGGGUUUGUGUUUUAGCUUGCAAAUACACAAGCUUUUGUGUAAAAUCUGUUAUCAUAUAUCUGAUACUUGGUUACUUCCCUUAAAAUAAAAUGUACACUUUUUUAACAU